AUGACCGCUGACGUAGCUUCCUCCAAGCCCGCCGUUGUCCUCGGCACCGCCUCCUUUGGAACAGGCACGCCACAGGCGAAGUUCAACUCCCGCGACACUGCAGGCCCGUUGCUCGAAGUAUGCCAGAACCGUGGGGUGCUGCAACUCGAUUCUGCGCGCGCGUAUCCCGUUGGUAACCCAGGAUCUGCGGAGAAAUUAUUAGGCGAACUGAGCGCCGGAUCGUGGGCAACUAUUUCGACAAAGGUCACUUCAUGGGCCCCUGGAUCGCAUUCUGCUGAGAAGAUCGCAGAGUCAGUGCCUCUGAGCUUGGACGCCCUGGGUGUUGAUCAUGUGGAUAUCAUGUACCUGCACUCGCCGGAUCGCACCACACCUUGGGAAGUGACCGCUAAGGCAAUGGAUGAGCAAUAUAGAUCCGGAAAGUUCAAGCGCUUUGGAUUGAGUAACUACACAGCAGAAGAGGUAGAAGAGAUCUGCCAAGUUUGCGAUAAGAAUGGCUGGAAUAAGCCAAGUGUGUACCAGGGACGGUACAACGCCAUCAUAAGAAGCGGCGAGGAGCAACUAUGGCCAACAUUGAGAAAAUGGGGGAUUUCGUUCUACGCUUACAGUCCUUCUGCCGCCGGAAUGUUCAGUGGCAACAUCAAUGCAAACAGUGUAGACGUUGCAGGUUCAAGAUGGGACAAGAACACUCGCCUAGGCCAAGCUUACGAGGAGGCAUACCUCAAACCUGAGCUUAUUGAGGCUGCUGGCCGCGUAGCUGACAUGGCUAAAGCUGCAGGCAUUGGUGGCCACGAUGUCGCAUUGAGGUGGGUCAUGUACCACUCCAUAUUGAGUGGCCAACACGGAGACGCUGUCAUUCUUGGCUGCUCGAGCGUGAGGCAAAUGGAGGCAAACCUGAAUGCGAUCGAUGCGGGUCCGCUGAGCAAAGAUUUGGUGGACGUUAUCAACGGCGUGUGGGACGUAGUUAAGGAUCAUGCUGCAUCGUACCACUUGUAG